AUGAAGAGGGAUAAUAAAAUUUCGAUUAAAUGGACUUCGAUCAAACCGGCAACAGCUGCAGCAUUGAUUUAUAUCCAGAAAAGUGAUUUAUUUUGGUACAGAACUGCGAAGGACGAACAUAUAAGAGCCAUUAUACAUAUGGGAGCAGGCAAUG